CCGUCAAAACAAAGCGGUAGGCAUUUGGAUAGUAGAUUAUUUUUCAUUUACGUGUUUCAAAAGUUAAGAUUAGGGACUAUCGUCUUUUGGUUUCAGUUCUGUGAAGAUAUUUGUAUGUAGAUCGACAUACCAAAGGCCAAAAAUGUCGCUGAAACAGGCGCUAGUCCGCCGAAGACCAUCAUCCUUGCUCGAUGACGACGACAGCGACAACGAGAAUCAAGUAACCGAAGCUUCAACAAUCAAUAUAGUGCCGGCUACAUCCGGAAACGAGCCUGUAUUCAAUGUGCAAGAACGGAAGAAUCCCCAAUCACAGUAUGAGAGUCUUGAUUAUGAUGUGUGUGAGAAUGUACUGUGGCAGCAGGAACACAGGAAGAUCGAACGGUGGUUUACCGUUCGGAAGGACUUUGCCCGAUGGAUAAUUUCGAUGCAGAUCGGUGUCGGCACAGCGUUGGUUGCAUGCGGAAUUAACAUCGUAAUUGAUGAGUUGUCCCGGAUCAAAUACACAUUCUUGAAGCGCACGGUCGAUGAAAAUGUGUUGACCGGAGACUUGAGUAUUCCCUAUUUGUAUUGGGUAUUAACCAACGUAGUUCCGGUGAUGAUUGGGGCGACACUAGUAGCCUAUGUGGAACCAGUAGCCGCCGGCAGCGGUAUUCCUCAAGUCAAAUGCUACUUGAACGGAGUGAAAAUUCCACGAAUCGUUCGAAUCAAAACAUUGGCUGUGAAAGCUGUAGGUGUGGCCACUUCCGUUAUUGGUGGAUUGGCCGGUGGUAAGGAAGGACCGAUGAUUCACAGCGGUGCGGUAAUCGCGGCCGGACUAUCACAAGGCAAAAGUACAACGUUCCGGCGAGACUUUAAAGUAUUUCAGUAUUUCCGCGAUGACCACGAGAAGCGAGAUUUCGUGGUUGGUGGAGCGGCUGCCGGUGUUGCGGCUGCCUUUGGCGCUCCUGUUGGAGGUGUUCUGUUUUCACUGGAAGAAGCUGCUAGCUUUUGGAAUCAAUCAUUGAUCUGGAGAACGUUUUUCGCAUCCGUCAUCAGCUCAUUCACUUUGAAUCUCGUACUGUCGGCCUACAACGGGCUGAGCAGUUUCCGCUACAGAGGUCUCUUUAAUCUGGGUGAAUUUGAGCCGCUACCUUUCGAAUACUACGAACUUCCUGUUUUUAUGAUUAUGGGUGUUUUCGGGGGAAUUUUCGGCGCUUUUUGGAAUAGCGUCAACACGCACAUCAACAUCUUCCGGGCCCGGUUUGUCAGAUAUCGUUGGGCUAAAGUGUUUGAAGCAGCCUUUGUUGCGUGCAUCGGAGCAACUUGUGCCUGUGCGAUGGCCUAUUCGAUCAACGAUUGUCGUCCCCUCGGGAAUGACCCUACCGAGACACCAGUGCAACUAUUUUGUAAUGAUAACGAGUACAAUGCUGCGGCCGCUCUAUGGUUCCAGACUCCCGAGGCAACCGUAAAAGCACUAUUCCAUGACCCCCCGGGAUCCCAUAAUCUUCUUACCUUGAUGAUAUUUGUACUGAUCUACUAUCCACUGUCGUGCGUAACGUAUGGAUUGAGUGUUUCUCUUGGAAUAUUCAUACCGACGUUGCUGGUGGGAGCGGCGUGGGGACGUCUGACGGCUUCUUUUGUGCUAUUGGCUUUUCCUGGAUCGAGUGUGUUUAUAAGCCCUGGCAAGUAUGCCCUGAUCGGAGCUGCUGCCCAGCUAGGAGGAACAGUUCGGAUGACUCUCAGCUUAACAGUCAUUCUGUUGGAAACGACCGGUAAUAUUGAAUUCGUUCUGCCGAUUAUAGUUACGUUGAUGUCCGCAAAAUGGAGCGGCGAUUACUUCAAUGAAGGAAUCUAUGAUACUCAGAUCAAAACGUCUAAAGUGCCUAUGCUGCCGUGGCAUGUGGAGCCGAAGCUGGAACAAAAGUUUGCGUGCAACAUUAUGAAUCAGCCAGUGAUUUGUGUGCGAAAAAGAGAAAAAGUUAACUACAUUAUUGAUAUACUGAAAAACACCAACCACAAUGGAUUCCCGGUGAUCGAGGAUGACGAAUAUACUACCAGAGGAAACGGAGUACUGAUUGGUGUAAUUCUGCGUUCGCAGUUGGUUGUAAUUUUAAAGCACAGCCUGUACAUAGAAACUCAUCGGCACUGGAGAGAUCUGAUAACUAUUGAACACUUCAGAAAGGAAUACCCGCGGUAUCCAACGAUUAUGGAUCUCCGCAUCAGCGAGGACAAAACGCUGAAAAACUACACAGUUGACAUGACAAGCUUCAUGAACCCAUCGCCGUACAGUGUUGGCCCGGAAACGUCAGUUCCGCGAACUUUUCAACUGUUUCGGGCACAAGGUUUACGCCAUCUAGUGGUAGUAACUCUCGAGAAUCGUGUCCGUGGCAUGAUCACCCGAAAGGACUUCCUAAGAGACUUGUGAUAUAAGACAAUUUAUUUCGUUUCUGUUUUUAUGCAUCACAACUUUAAUUUGUGUACGAAUUCGAUUUAAACAGUGAUGCGACAUUUCACAAGACAGCAGUUGAAUACUUAUUUUAUUGAAUUAACAAGAACGGUAAGUG